AUGUCCGAUCAAACAGUGACUUUUCGGGAACACUCCAACAACCCGUCCGACGUCGUUCGAGUCAUCGAGUAUGACUUCAGGCAGACCGAGUUAGGCCCGGAAGAGGUGUGCAUCCAGUUUCUUGCGGCCCCCAUUAACCCGCAGGACCUGCUCGUAAUUUCUGGAAAAUAUCCCGUCCAGCCGGCCCAGCGGUGCGAGGGGGAGCCCAUUCCAGGCUAUGACGGCGUGGCUCGGGUGGAGCGCAUCGGAUCUGCCGUGACAAAGUUACAGCCAGGCGAUCAGGUUAUCCCCCGCCAGCAUGGCCUGGGCACCUGGCGAUCGCAGGCAAUCGUCCCUGCCAGCUCCCUGCUCCGUGUCCCCUCAUCGCAUCUCGACCCCGUCAGUGCCGCCAUUCUCAAGAUGGGAUGUGGACCCGCCUACCUGCUCCUUCAGAGCAGGCAAGAUCUGCGGCCGGGCGACUGGGUCGUGCUCAACGCUGCCACGGGCGUGAUCGCUCAGAUGGUUAUUCAAUUCGCUCGACUCCGUGGAUGCCACUCUCUCAGCAUCAUACGGGACCGGGAAGAUGUGGAUUCGACCCGGAAGCAGCUGCUCACCUUGGGAGCCGACCUGGUGGUAACCGAAACGGAGCUUGCCGGUCAGGGAUCAGUCCUGGCGGCGGAGAAGCGCAUUGUGCUGGCUCUUGAUGCCGUGUUCGGCACCUACGUCAACUACGGGUCUCUUGGAGGUGCAACUGAGGCCAUUGGAUUGACACAGGAGCUUAUUUUCUGGAAACAAGUUACAUUCAAACACUUUCGGCUGUCACAAGCGCUAGAUCACUUCUCAAAGUCUCAGCAAGAAGAUUUGAUGACUUGGUUUUGUCGCUUGUUCGAAACCGGCUCGCUUAUAACGCCUGCAGUGGACCGGGUGUCAUGGGAAACAGGGCCAAGUCUGGAGGCGGCCGUGAAGCAGGCAUUGCAAAAUGCCUCGCCCGGGGCUAAGCAGCAAGUGGGGUUGCGCAAGCAGGUCUUUGUGUUCGGACCCGGAAAUGAACGACCCAUAUAG